AUGGACCCUGCCUCAGUCUACGCCUCUCUCCCACUGGAUCGAGCGCAAAAGGAAAUCCGGGUCAUUGAAAUACUCGAAAUUUCUCCACAGCUUCGAUGCAGGCUCAGCAAAGCAUCAUUGUUGCACAAUCCAAAAUUCUGUGCUCUGUCUUACGUCUGGGGCGCUUCAAAGGAAUCUCAAGACAUCAUCGUCAAUGAUGUGACUUUUUCAGUGACGAAAAGUCUUGCCGACGCUCUCACCAAUGUUCGCAUCCACUGGGAAGAGUUCUUCUCGACAUGGAAUCGAGAAGAGUUCUUCUCGUAUCAAGACCGAGAAAAACCCUUCCCGCGUCUAUGGGCUGAUGCGCUUUGCAUCAAUCAAGCCGACAAUGCAGAAAAAGGCCAUCAAGUGCCUUUGAUGAAAAAUAUCUACUCUUCUGCUCAAGUCACAUUUUGCUCUUUGGACGCGAUAUCUCCGAGAUCCAACAUUCCUGCUGCGAUUGACCUCAUUCACGAGAUUGCUUCACGACUCGACCAGAAACAUCCUGACACUGGACCAGAGACUGCUGCAAGCAUCCUGGAAAAUCUUCCAGCGCGACGAUUCUACAAAAAAGCCGGACACGAACGUUGGCAAGCAAAGAACUACCAACGCGAAGCCGAUCAAGUGAACAUCAUCAACGACUUCAGUGAACUGCAAUACUGGGAGCGAGCAUGGAUAGUUCAAGAGCUUGUUGUGUCGAGACAAGUAGUGUUGUACUAUCGGAAAAGCUCAAUCAGCCUCGAGCCAUUUACGCGAGUCGUCCAGUGGGUUUCGAAAUUACUCACGGAAUUGCGUGCGCCAACCAGUCUUCCGCAAAGGGCUCUACCACAUGAACAACUGAUGAUAGCGAAUAGUCUGAACAAAUUCGGGACAAUCAACAAGAUACGCACCCUGCGGAAACUCUAUCACUGCACCUGUCCGCAAGUUCACGACAUGCGCUUGCUUUGGGUCGAAGGCGCUUCAUUCCGAGCUACGAACCCAAAGGAUCACGUAUACGCGCUAUGCGGCAUCGCCAAUCUCGAUAUACCACCACGAUACGACGAGAGUGUAUCUGUUGCAGAAGUGUACAUUGAAUUCUGCGUGGAGCAGACAAAGAUUCCCAUCUUUGCACCGCUGAACUUCCUCACUUAUGCAGGACUGUCGAAUGGAGAUCCAGCGAAGCUUGGCUUACCUACCUGGGUACCGAACUUCCCAGAUUGUGCAGAGGCAUUUGGAGUUCCCAUUCAUAUCUGUUUACCGCAUGUGCGGAAGGCAAAGAUAUGGAAAGACUGUAUUGGAAGCGUCGAGGAUAUCUCGAUCCGCGAUCGAAGUCUGCAUACAACAUCACUUCAUAUCGGCUGCAUAUCAGACAUCAGCCCAACUCUUAGCACCGACGAAGACAUACCUGGUUUCCUUCCUCAUCUCUACAAGAUGCUAGACGAUGCAUUUAAAGCUACAGAGACUCCUUAUCGUAAGGACUCUCAUCCCUUUCUCAAGUUGGCUAGUGCUUUCUACCACGCCAGGAUUCCCAACAAAGUAUGGAAUACAAUCGAACUGAUCAGGGUGGCGAGAAUGUUUCUCUACCUCCAUCUGUCAGUCCUCAUUUCCGAUGGAAAGUACAAGUAUGAUGAGAGCUACUGGGAGGACUUUCCUAAGAACAUCUGCUGUGAUCUGGAACGCUACCUAGAGGUAGGAGACUUGGAAGAUGAACCAUAUUUCAGAUUCUUCGUGAGGAUCAUAAGUGACAAGUCGUUUGACGGGGUUGAUUGGCCGCGCAAUGCCUUCGGUGAUGUCAAUCAUUUUUCGAGGGGUGUUCGAGUGGGACGUACAACAGGGAACGAGUUUGCACUGGUUCCUCCGCAAGCAGAAGUAGGGGACGAGAUAGUGUUGUUAACUGGUUGCUACAGCCUGCCUUUGAUCAGAAAGGUGGAAGAGCAUUAUAUUUAUAUUGGGCGGGUGGGUUUUGCUGAAGAGAUUGUUGAGAAGAAGCUUGAUGAAUACAAGGCGGGCCAGGAAAAGUUGGAGCAUGUCGAACUUCAGUAG